AUGGAGUUUACAUGCUUGAGCGAGGGGAAAGGUUUUCACUUCCCGCCAUGCCACAUUGUGGAUAUUUUUGGCUUCAGGGUUUUGUUUGAUUGUCCCAUGGACCUCUCGUCCCUAACAGUCUUUUCUCCUGUUCUAUGGCAUACAAGCACAAUAGAUAACGAAGAUCAUUUUCCCUGUUCUUGUGAAAAUAACGUGGGUUCCAGCUCAACUGAAGGAGAAAGGUUGAAAAUUGACAAAUCCCUAGAUGCAACCAGUUUAAUUCACGCCUUACCCCGAUAUAGAAUGGUCAAGAACUUGCUUUUAUGGGAUAUCUCAUUUAUUGAUGUAGUUUUGAUAUCUAGUCCUAUGGGCAUGCUGGGGUUACCCUAUCUUACACGGAACAGAGAUUUUUCGGCUAAGGUGUACGCAACUGAGGCUGCUGCUAGAAUUGGGCAACUGAUGAUGGAGGAUCUUGUGAACAUGCAUAUGGAGUUUAGGCAAUUUUAUGGGCCUGCAGAAUGUGAUGCGCCUCAGUGGAUGAAGUGGGAUGAACUUGAGUUGCUUCCAUUGGAGUUGAGGCUGGUCAUUUGUGGUGCUGAUGGGACGGCGUUUGGUGGUUGGAUGCCAUUAUACAGUGCAGCUGAUGUGAAGGCUUGCAUGUCAAAGGUUCAAUCUCUUAAGUUUGCUGAAGAAGCUUGCUACAAUGGCAUGCUGAUUGUGAAACCAUUUAGUUCUGGUUUAGAAAUAGGCUCAUGCAAUUGGAGUAUCUCUAGUCCAAAAGGAAGUAUUGCUUAUGUUUCAAAUUCUGUCUUCUCAUCAACCACGGCAAUGGGGUUCGAUUACAAGGCCCUUCAGAGAAUGGAUGUGAUCAUGUAUUCAGAUUUCUCUUCGCAAAUUGCCACAGACAAAGUCGACGAUGAUAAUAAUUGCUCCGGUGCUGGUGUUGACCACGUUUCAAGUUUGAGUGAUGAUAUUGUUACAAGUGCCACUCUCCUUAAUGAUGAUGAGUACUUGGAGGAGAUGGAGAAAUUGGAUUUCAUAUGUUCUUGCUCGGUGGACUCUAUAAAAGCAGGGGGUUCAGUUCUAAUCCCUAUUGGACGCCUUGGGGUCAUUUUGCAGCUGUUGGACCGUUUUGCACUCAAUUUGUCAUCUGCAAACAUGAAGGUCCCCAUUUUUGUGAUUUCAUCUGUUGCCGAAGAGCUUAUGGCAUUCACAAAUAUUAUACCAGAGUGGUUAUGCAAGCAACUGCAAGAUCGUCUCUACUGUGGUCAACAAUUAUUUGCUCAUUCAGAGAUGCUAAAAGAUGGAAGGCUUCAUUUGUUUCCUGCCAUUCAUUCUGCCGAACUUUUAAAAAUUUGGCAGGAACCUUGCAUAGUAUUUUGUCCCCACUGGAGUCUACGACUUGGACCUGCUAUUCAUUUGCUCCGGAGAUGGUGUGGGGAUCCAAAUUCACUACUUGUUAUGGAGGACGGGGUGGAUGCCAGUCUGGCUUUCUUGCCUUUCAAGCCAAUGGCAAUGAAAGUUCUCCAGUGUUCUUUCCUCUCAGGAUUGCAGCUGCAAAUUUCUCGCCGUCUACUGCAGAUAUUACAACCUAAACAUGUUCUGUUUCCCAAUAUCCUCAAGCAGCAUAUGAGUUCUCUUGAAACUUCGUUUUCUGUCAGCUACUACCAUGAAAACGAGACGCUACACAUCCCUUACACAAAGGAGUACUCGGAAUUCAACAUCUCUAUAGAGUUGGCCUGCCAGCUCAAAUACACGACACUAAAACAACAAGACGUGGACAUUGCUAAACUGAAGGGAGAGCUGCUGAUGGAGCAAGGGAAAUACAGGUUACUCGCUGGAAACGAGCAAGUCGUGUCCCGGCCAAAGCCAGAGGCAUUGCGUUUUGGAGGAGUGAACUUGAAUGCCCUUUUGAUGGCUCUUAAAAAAUUGGGUAUGAAUCCGGUGGUGGAGGAAGUGGUGGGUGCGGAUGGGACCCACACGGGUUCCCUCAUCACGGUGACGGAGCCUGGCAAAGCCGUUGUCGAAGUCACGGGGGCAAAAACGUCAAUUUCCAGCGGAGAUGAAAACGUGGCUACCCUUAUUUCGCAGGCUCUUUGUGGCAUUUUAGAUGCAUAG